AAAGUGUGCCUCUGUUUUCCUAGUGACAGACCCACUGCAGAGCUGUCCUUAUGGUUCAAAGCAGACUGUCUUCAUAGCUGUCUGGACUGUCAACUACAAACACAGUGAGUAAGAGUUCAUAUAAAUUAUAAAAAAAUCUGUUUGGGGGUUUUAAAUCAGAGGUUUUUAGGAGCUGUUGUGAGCUAUUGUUGAUGUUUUUGAGGUUUGUAACCAUCAGAAUUUAAAGCAUGAUUAAAUUAGCAUUAAUUUGUAUUGUUUAAAGAAAAUGGCAUAAAAGAGGACUGAUUUAGAUCCACAUCUCAUUAGUGAUGAUUAUGGGUCACUCAGUUAAUGAAUGCUCUAUUUUUAGCCUGCUUCUCUGAGGACCAUGGACAGUCAAACAUCUGCGGAGAGUGGGAAAGUUGUUGCCUCUACUGAGGGCUCAGAAAUGGAGCAUAUAUCUGUUGAGGAUGCCCACAGCAGCCACACUGACACUGACAUAAAGACUCUCACAGACGAGUACACACAUCAUCCUCUAAUUCAAAUGGACGAGAUGGUCAUGAACGACCUGGGGCAGCUUUUCGACCACUGCAUCCAGCAGGUAUCUCAUCUGGAGACCCAAAGGAACGAGCUGAUUCAGGAGCUCCUCCGCCUACAGGAGCCAAUGCUGCGGGUGGUGGAGCACCUGAGGCAGAAGCUGGAAGAGACCAAGAGGUUGUUCACUCUGGCUCAGAUGGAUUAUAUCGCUGUCCAUGAGGAGGUGCGGCAAGUGAAGAGGAAACUGUUCACCACAGCCAGAGACUGCAUCCAGAGCCAGGUGAAGCUGGCUGCACAGGAGUACGAGGUGGCUCAGUCUGCUGUCACUCAGGUAGGGACAGCUCCAGAGUUGACACCUGCAGAAAGGAUGAACUGUAGUAGGAGUUGGCAGAUGUUUUUUUUUGUUUGUGAGGUGCACGACUACAACACCUUUAUUUUAUGAGAGCAUACAUUUUAAAAAGAGAAGUACAAAUAGACCUAAAAGUGUAUUUUCUUUAACAUUAAAUUAUCACUUUGGAAACAAAACAAAUGAUUUAUUUGAAACAACACUGUCAAAUGUGGUACUAAAUAAAUAGUAAUCGGGCAUCAAUUCAUCUGUUUGUUAAAUAAAUAUGAAUUAACUCUUGUCCUAAUACAAAUAUUUAUCUAUAUUUAAGUUCAAAGCAAAAAAAAUGAGACUGAAGUUUUCAGGAGCGGAUCUCCUUGUGUUCCCCACAUGUUUUUUUAAAUCUUAUUUUAUUUUUGUUACAAACAAAAAUAUAAUGACUUGUAAAAUAUUGAAUAUUAUCAACCCUCUAUUCAGUGUUUACACAAGACAAACUUGUCAACUAAACUACCACAAAAUACACAAAUUUUGUUAUAAUAAAGGCUUUAAAAUGUUGUGAAGCACUAAAAUCUGUGAAAGUCAUUUCAUAAUAACGGACUACUUGAGGCAGAAAUAAAAGGUUCUUAGAAAAGGAGAAGUCAUGAUAGUAAUACCUUCAGUAGGUGUUUUAAAAAAAAAAAAAACACAUAACCAGCUGUAUCUCAGCAAUCAUUCUUCCUCUGUAAAACAUGUUGAAGCUGCUGUGUUUGUGUUGUGUGCUGUAAAGAUGACCACUCCUGCCAAAUGAGUUCUUUGAUAAAUGCCAUCGUAAUCUUUUCUCGCUCAGAGAGUUUCUGUAUGUUCUUAUCAACCUUUCAUUUCUCUUCAGGAGGAGCUUAAAGCCCACAUCCAGAAUCUAACCCAGGAGCUGUCCCAGCUCCAGCAGUCCUACCAGAACCAGCUGAACUCUCUAAAUGACCGGUCUAAAAAACCCUUCAGGCCUCGGGCGAUGAGUGAUGUCAGCCAGUGCCGGCAGGCGUCUGUCCGGCUGCAGCGUCGCCUCAGUGGCAGUAUUAAGGCCCUCGAAGGUUGGUAUGAGCCACGUAUGAUGGCCCUGCUGAAGAGAAGACAGAUCGGGGAGGAUGCCCUGAGGAAGAGCAGGGAGCAGGCAGUGGACCUGAGGGCCAGACUGGAGCCCUUGAAAGAGGAUUUGCAGAGAUUGGAGGUGCAGAGAGGCUGCUUGGAGCAGAGGAUCGGUCUGAUGGAGAGGGAAAGGGAGGAGAGUGUCACACAACACAAGGUACAGUGAGAAAGUAAAGCGGGAUAUCAAUGGUAUAUGAGAUGUUCUGUUUAAAAAAUAACACCAAUUUUUUUUUCAUGUUAUACAGGAGACUGUUGAGACUUUAAAAGAGACUCUGAGAGAACUACAAGUGGAGUUUGAAGUUCAGAGAAACUCCAAGAAAGACUUGGAAGAUCUGAGGGUCGGCCUUUUACAAGAGCUUUCAUUUCUGAGGUAAUAACACUCAUCUUAGAAAACCUUGACAAUACUAUCAAAUGUGAAUAUCAAGAUUUGAAAUCUAAUUAACGAGCACCUCUUUUUUCCUCACAGAGGCUCUGAUGAACCCAGAGAAAUCCCUACAGAGGACCCAUAAUCCCCAGUGGAUGAUCUUAACAAGACCAGAGCCCAGCAUGAGUUACUUUUGGGGUCAAAAACAAAAGGAGUGACUAACAACAUUUCACCUGUUACAUGCAUCAUAAUUCUGUGUUGUUGAUAUAUUUAUACAAACUCAUUUGGCUGUACCAAAAAACAAAAACAAAAGAGAUGUACUGUAAAUAUUUUAUUAUAAAUAUGCUUAAGUAUACAGGAGAUCAGAUGCAGCACAGAAAAACAAAAUAUUUCAGAAUAGAAAAAACACAUAGAAGUCACAAAUCAAACAGCCUGGAGAAAUUCCUCCUACACAUAAGAAAAGCUUAGACUGUGUACAGUUUCAUUAAAAUGGAUCAGAGGAAUGUUUUAAGCACAAUUUAUCAUGAUGCAACAUGUGAAACCAUCAAGCAGUGAACCUGAAUAUCGACUAUCGCAUCAUUUAUGGUUUCAAUACAAACCAGGGCUGAUCACGCUGUCUGUGAACCUACAAAAAGACCUAAAAAUCAGACUGAUACAGACUUACCCUUAACAGUUCACAACUUGAUGAACAUGCAGUGUUGUAUUCCUGAACUGAUAUCAAUCAUCACAGCCAAAAUCAUCCUGUGAUUUUACUACUUAAGUACUGGAUGAAGGAUCCAUUUUUCAUAAGCAGGUCAAAUGAGGAGAUGUGGAGACUGGACUCAUGCCUGGACCUCUGUAUCUGUCGCACCUUCUGGGUCUUCGUCGUUGUAGAUAUUUUCAGCCUGGAAAGUAAAGUAUAUUCACUGUCAAUGGCAUUCAGUCUUUAAUAAAUGUAUUUGAAAAGUCUGAC